AUGGACAAUUUGCCUUCUCAAUCGCUCUCAAUGACGAACGGUGUAUCGUUUGUAGCUCCUCUCUGUGUUUCUGCCCAAUCUAGCUCCACUAUCGAUUGGACGGCGUACAUGGAACGCCUUGUUAUUGAACUCAGCAAUCCCAAUCUCAGAGAAAAUGCUAUUUGUGUGCUCUCCAAGCGGAAAGAGUUAUUUCAUGAACUUGCACCUUUAUUGUGGAAUUCUUUUGGUACUAUCGCAGUACUUUUGCAGGAAAUAAUUUCAAUAUAUCGUAAUCUUUCACCACCAACUCUUUCUCCCGCUCAAUCAAUUCGAGUGUGCAAUGUUCUUGCACUACUUCAGUGUCUCGCAUCUCACCCUAAUACAAGAAUGUCACUCAUCACUGCUUGCAUACCUCACUAUGUGUACCCUUUCCUUGAAAUGAUAAAUACCUUACCACAGUUUCACUAUUUGAGGGUUGCGAGUCUCGGAGUCAUUGGUGCCUUGGUGAAGGAUAGUAGCAAAGAAGUUAUACUUUUUCUUCUUUCAACUGAGAUCAUUCCAUUAUGCUUGCGCAGCAUGGAAAUUGGCAACGAAUUGUCAAAAAAUGUUGCGACUUUCAUUCUUCAAAAGAUUUUGCUGGAUGAUGAUGGUUUAGCUUAUGUUUGUGCUACAACAGACCGUUUUCUUGCCGUACGUCGAAUUCUAGACAUGGUGUUGGAAAGUCAUGAGAGACAACCUUCAACUCAGCUUUUGAAGCUUAUAAUUCCAUGUUAUUCUCGUUUGUCUCAAAAUCGCAGGGCUGGAAUUGCAUUAACAAGCUCUCUUCCGGGUGUGUUUACAAACCCGGCUUUCAUUAAUUCCCUUCGUGAAGAUCCAACUACUUGGAGGUGGAUGGAGCAAUUGUAUGAAAAUAUUAGGAUCAACAAUUGCAAAUGAGAUGUUGGAUGGUGUAAACUAAGAAAAC